CGGAAACACCUCGUCCAAACGAGACCAAUUCCGAUCGUGACAUUCAUCAGCAAGGCCUAUGGCGAUUUGGUCAAAAUCUGAGAUUUCAGAUAUUAUGUCUAGCAGUAUUGACGGCUCGCCAAACGCCCCUUGCAGCAGUCCAGACGUGAUGUCCUUCAACCUGCUUCGCAGCACCGACGACAGUUGCUGCGCCGACUCGGAGUACGAGUUUGACCUUUGCCCUCAAUCCUCGCCCCGUCGGCCGAAAAACCGCUCCAAGGGAGGUCGCAGCAGGGGCCAGACGCGCAGCCCGACGCAGACGAUGCGUCUGAAGCGGGUUCGCCGGGUCAAGGCCAACGACCGCGAACGCAACCGCAUGCACCAACUGAACCACGCGCUGGACAAGCUGCGGUGCGUGUUGCCCACCAUCCCCGAGGACACCAAACUGACCAAAAUCGAGACUCUGCGAUUCGCGCACAACUACAUCUGGGCACUGUCACAGACCCUGGGCAUCGCCGACGCAGGGUUGACGCCCCCGGGGGCAGACUUCGAGUACACGGCUAACGGCGGCGUGACCCUAAACGUGGGCAACGUGACCGUGUCCAUCGGCGCCAACGGCGAAAACGUCAUCACGUCGACGGCCGGCAGUUUGGCCCAAGUCCGGCGCACCCAGAUGGACAGUUUGCUGGACAGCUGGGAAAGGGACUCGACCCUCAGCAGCAACUCAAGCUACCACGAGCAGGUCACGCACUACCCGGUGACCUCGCCCGACCAGACCGUCGCGCCCUACCCUGACUACCACCAGUGCAUGAUGGCCUAUAACAACAACACCAGCUACUGCAGCAGCGGCUACGCCAGUUACUCGUGAUAGCAUAUAUUUAUUUUGAGAAUAAAUACUUAUAAAGUGCAAUUAUUUAUUGUAAAUAUGAAUAUUGUAAAUAUUGAGUAUUUUUUUUAUAUACAAUAUAUUUAUUUUAAUUUUGAUAAAAGGAAUAAUUUGUUAUUUAAAUCUAUCAAUUGAAAAUGCUAUAGUAGG